AGUAAUAUAUUAUAAAAAUGUAACAAUCAAUUUUUCUCCUUUCGUAAAUGUAUAAUUUUAUUCUUUCAUUCUCAGCAGUCAUUAUUUGAUUAACAAAAGUUCACCGAAUAUUCAGGUUAAAAACACGGGAAAGUAGCACAAUCGAUUUUACACACUCCAAGAAAAACUUUUCUCACACGAAAAAAUCCUGACAUGCAAUUGUAGCAAUACUUCCCGCUGCCAGAAUCGAUUUUUCUAACGCACGCAUGCAUGCCACCUGUCUCUCUUUCUACCAAUACUUUGUUGAAAGCAUCUGCGACGUGCAACCAUAUGCUUUUUUUACUGUCGUCGCGCUCGAUGUACACUAGUUUUCCUCGAUGAUAUCAAGAUCGCUAACAUCCCCUGCGAGAGAGAUAUACUUUAAUUUUUGUUUUAUGUGGAGCCGAUGGAUAUUGUGAAUCCUCGGGAUCUGACUGCUCGUGUAGCAUUUCUCGUGUGGACAUUUUAAUGAUCGAGAAAAUCCUUCUUGCGACGAUCUUUUUCACGUUUUGCUGGUCCACGCUCAAUUUCGUCCUAAUUCCCAUGACCAUUUUCAUGCUCUCGAGCCAGAGCACCGCGACAAAAUAAAGAUGCUCAGUCCGCUGAGUUAGGUGAUCAUGUCGAUAUUGAAUUACUUCUUCUUAAUCAAAUUUAUUUAUCUAACGUAGAGCAAACUGUUUUGUACAUAUAUAAUAGAAUUUAAAAUAAGAUUAUACGUCAAAAUUUAUGCAUAUUAGUGACGCACCCACACUGAGAAAAAAAUGUAAUUGAUCUUACGAAAUGUUUUGUCACGGGCUGCCAACAAAAUAUAUACUUAUUUCAACAAGUUAUAUAUUGAAUCAAAUAUAUAAUUGUUGGAUUAUAAUUCUCAUAUGUGUGAUUACACAUCCAUAUCCAUAAUCCAAGAACUACAUAUUUGUUUCAAUAUAUAACUUGUUGAAAUAAGUAUAUAUUUUGUUGGCAGCCCGUGACAAAACAUUUCGUAAGAUCAAUUACAUUUUUUUCUCAGUGCAUAUAUUCAUUUCCCUUCUUUCGCUGUUCGCAUAGCCGUUGAAUCAUUUAUGUAUCACAUAAGCAACGCUAACAUUUUUUUCGACUUCUUUAUGCAACAAAUGCCAACACAUAUUUGAAAUCACAAAAUUAGAUAAAAUUCAAAACGACCAAGCUUUCUUUAUUUCAUCAUACCUUCGCACUUACUUAAUCUUUAUUUCUUCCUAUAAUUUUUCAACUAACCGAUCAGGUUCAGGCAAUAAUUCAGUAGAACAGCAGUGAGUGUCUUUUCGAUUUAAUAUCGCACCUGAAUAUAACGCCUACGCGACUAUCUUCCAAUUAAUGACACGCACAAGAUCUGUCGAUGUAUCCGGGGGCGAGAGGAUGUCCGCAAGGCGGGCGCAAGCGCACUUCCGGCAACCUUGCAAUCAAUGCCGCACGUCCCCUCGUGCAGUCUUGUGCGGAUCUUGUCGUCACGAACAUGUCAAAUGCACGAGAGAGAUGUGCGACAUCGCAGAACUCCAAUUAUCAGCGAGACAUCCGAUACGCCUUCAAAUUGAACAGCUGGAUUCUAGGCUCGCUCGGUAUCUGGCCGCUCACGAUCCGUAAUAUCGGGCAAUACGUGUCCAACAUCACGAUCGUAUUCUACAAUUUUUCAUUCGUUUUCGCGAUUGUGCCCUUCACUCUGUAUAUCAUGUAUGACGCGAAGGACAUCAACGCCAAGCUAAGGAGCUGCGGCUUGCUGGCCUUCUGCUUAACCGCAAUGAUAAAGUACUUGAUCCUCGCGAUACGCCGGCCUAAGAUACAGCUCUGUAUCGAAUAUAUCAAGUACGACUGGUGGCAGGUAACAUUCGUAUCCGAUCGCGAGAUGAUGCUGAAGUACGCUGUCACUGGUCGUAAUCUAACGAUAAUCGGCGCAUUGUUCAUGUACGGCGCCGGUAUUAUUUAUUACGCAAUUUUGAUACCGAUUAACACGAUCAAGAUUAUUACCAAUCAAACUCUCAGACCAGUGGUAUAUCCGAUCUACAGUCAAUUUGGCGACGUGCAGAAUAGCCCGAAAUACGAAAUCGUGUAUGCUGUUCACUGCGUGUGCGGGUACACUAUGUAUACAGUGACAACCGGCACAUGUGGACUGGCUGCUCUUUUCGUCACUCACGCGUGCGGUCAGAUCCAAAUGAUCGUAUCGCGAUUGCAAAAUCUUUUGGACGACAAAAAUCUCGAACAAACGCAAAACAUACAUCAACGAAUCGUAGCCAUCGUGAAGAGACACGUUCGAGUACAAAGGUUUGCGGCCGUUGUGGAAGAAAUGUUACAAGAAGUGUGCUUAGUAGAGUUCGCUAGUUCAGUAUGCACGAUAUGUUUGCUCGAAUAUUACUGCAUAUUGGAUUGGCAGAAAAAUGAUAAAGUUGGUGUAGUGUCUUACUCUCUCCUCUUUGUUUCAUUCUGCUUCAAUGUAUAUAUAUUGUGUCACAUCGGCGAGCUUCUCAUGGAAAAAAGCAGUCAAAUUGGAUCUGUGUGCUAUAUGAUCAAUUGGUACCAAAUAUCACCAAAAUUAGUUCGCAGUAUAAUAAUGAUAAUUGCCAUGUCCAGUCAUCCUACAAAGCUCACCGCUGGUGGAAUGGUAGAUCUAUCAUUGUCAACUUUUGGAAAUCGCAAGCGCACUUCCGGCAACCUUGCAAUCAAUGCCGCACGUCCCCUCGUGCAGUCUUGUGCGGAUCUUGUCGUCACGAACAUGUCAAAUGCACGCGAGAGAUGUGCGGCAUCGCAGAACUCCAAUUAUCAGCGAGACAUCCGAUACGCCUUCAAAUUGAACAGCUGGAUUCUAGGCUCGCUCGGUAUCUGGCCGCACGCGAUCCGAAAUAUCGGGCAAUACGUGUCCAACAUCACGAUCGUGUUCCACAAUUUUUUAUUAGGUUUCACGAUUGUGCCCUUACUUCUGUAUAUGCUCUAUGAUGAGAGCAACGCUAAGCUAAAGAAGUGCGGCCUGCUGAUCUUCUGCUUAGCCGCAAUGAUAAAGUACUUGAUCCUCGCGAUACGCCGGCCUAAGAUACAGCUCUGCAUCGAAUACAUCAAGUACGACUGGUGGCAGGUAACAUUCGUAUCCGAUCGCGAGAUGAUGCUGAAGUACGCUGUCACUGGUCGUAAUCUAACGAUAAUCGGCACAUUGUUCAUGUACGGCGCCGUGGUAUAUCCGAUCUACAGUCAAUUUGGCGACGUGCAGAAUAGCCCGAAAUACGAAAUCGUGUAUGCUGUUCACUGCAUGUGCGGGUACACUAUGUAUACAGUGGCAACCGGCACAUGUGGACUGGUUGCUCUUUUCGUCACUCACGCGUGCGGUCAGAUCCAAAUGAUCAUAUCGCGAUUGCAAAAUCUUUUGGUCGACGAAAGUCUCGUACAAACGCAAAACAUACAUCAACGAAUCGUAGCCAUCGUGAUGAGACACGUCCACCUUGCGAUUAAUGACACGCACAAGAUCUGUCGAUGUAUCUGGAGGCGAGAGAAUGUCCGCAAGGCGGGCGCAAGCGCACUUUCGGCGACCUUGCAAUCAAUGCCGCGCGUCGGCCUCGUGCAGUCUUCGGCAGAAUCUGACGUUGCGAACAUGGGAAGCUCGCGUGACGUGCACGCGAUAUCGCCGAAUGUCAGUUAUCAAGAAGACAUGCGAUACAUCUUCAAGCCGAGCAGCUGGAUCCUCGGCUCAAUCGGCAUCUGGCCGCUCACGAUUUGCGGCGCCGGUCACCACGUAUCCAAGAUCGCGAUCGUGAUCUGCAAUUUCGCGUUGAGCUUCGCGAUAGUGCCGUGCAUCCUGCACAUCAUCUACGAUGAGAAGAACCUCAAUAUAAGGUUGAAGCUGUCCGGGCUGCUCGGCUUCUGUAUCACCGCGAUGAUGAAGUACUGCGUCCUCACGAUACGUCGGCCUGAUAUACAACGCUGCAUCGAGCACGUGAAGAGUGAUUGGUGGCAGGUGAAAUUCAGUUCCGACCGCGAGCUGAUGUUGAAGUAUGCUGGUACCAGUCGCAGACUUUCCACGAUCAGCGUGAGUUCCAUGUACAUCGCCGGCUUUAUUUAUCAUCUGAUUUUACCGUUCUGCAACGUGCAUAAAAUCGACAAUCAGACUAUCAGGCCACUCGUGUAUCCAACCUACAGUGAGUUUCAUCAGAGCCAGAUAAGUCCGAUAUACGAAUUAGUAUAUCUGGCCCAUUGCAUGUGCGGAUACACCAUGUAUACAGUCACGGCCGGAUCAUGCGGAUUGGCAGCGAUAUUUGUCACUCACGCGUGCGGCCAGAUCGAAGUGCUUGCAUCUCGAUUAGAGGAUCUCUCGCACGGACAAAAUUUUGGACCAUCCUUGGACGUUAAUCAAAGAAUCGCUGCCAUCGUCGAAAGCCACGUUAGGAUACUGAGAUUUUCGGCAGCUGUACGCGAACUUUUACAAGAACUAUGUUUGCUGGAAUUCGCCAGUUCUGUGUUCACGAUGUGUCUGCCUGAGUACUACUGUAUAGUGGAUUGGCAGGAUAGUGAUACAGUCGGACUGACGACUUACUUUCUGCUCUUUGUUUCGUUUUGCUUCAAUAUGUACAUAUUAUGUUACAUCGGCGAGUUAAUUGUGGAGAAGAGCAGUCAGAUAGGAUUAAUGUGCUUCAUGAUCGAUUGGUACCAACUGCCGGCAAAAUCAGUUCGUAGUCUAGUCUUAAUGAUCGCCAUGUCCAGUCAGCCGAUAAAGAUCAGCGCUGGUCGGAUGAUAGAUAUAUCACUGGCGACUUUUGGAAAUGUACUUAAAACUAGUCUGGCGUACCUAAGUUUCCUUCGGACGCUAAUAAUGUGAAUAUAAUAUAAUGGUAGAAAAGAUGUAUAAAGGCUUAACAAUAAUGUUAAACGUUUAUCUUCUACUAGAAUCUACAUAAGCUAAAUGAAUGACGGAGCAGUGUUAAAUCAGCUGAUUGCUGUUACCAGUUGUUGGUCAUGUUAUUGAUAUCGGGGAGGCGUAAAUUCGCACUGGUACUUUCCAUAAAUACAAGAUGUGAUUGCAAAACGAAUAAUAUCUUGAAUAAAAAUCUAAAACCUGUAUA